AUGCCCAAAGAUCUGCAAGAUUUGUCAAAACUUUCAUUGUCUGAACAAGAAGCUGCUAUCGUUGAAGAUCUCUUGUUCUGUUGCCAGGGCAUUGAUGGCGCAUAUAUCCAUUCAAAUCCUCUCACGGACCCUUUUGCUGUCAGAACAUUUACUGUGCACAAGAAGUUAGAUAAGUCUUUGAGAGAUUUGACUGAACGAAUUCUUCCGAUCUGUUCCAACUACUCCAUGGUUGUCAGGUUCAUUGAAGAAAAGUCAAAAUAUGAAUUUGGUUUGGUGAACCAGGCACUGGCAGCUACUUUGAAAUCACUCAUCAGAGACUUUGCAGUCCUGGUGGCCCAACUUGAACACCAAUCAAACAUGGGUAACUUAACACUGCAAAAGUUUUGGUUCUACAUCCAGCCAUCCAUGAGAACUAUGGAAGUCUUAUUUUCGGUGUUAACCCCCAUUAAUAAGGUCAACAAUUUUUUUACUACUUUUAUGUUCUUUGCAUUGAACUUCGUUACCGGACGUGAACAAUUAACAGGCUCAAAGCAUUGGUGGAAAUGUGUUAAGCAUACUGCACUCCAAGACUUCCUCGUAUACUGGGCCAGUCUUCCCUACUUCGAGAUGCUGGAGAAUUGGAUAUAUAAGGGGAUAAUCAAUGACCCGUACUCUGAACGAUACACCAUAAGGAGAGAGAGUGUGCCUGCAUUCCUUGAACAACUCUCGAGCAAAAUACUUAACACUGGAAAGUAUUUGAAUGUCGUCAGACAGAGUGAUUUGGAUGUGAAGUGUCCAACAGCUGAAAGUUUAAUGUACACAUUAGAAAAGAGAUUGUACAUUGAUAAGAUAGAGCAGGCAUUUCAGUAUGCAAGUUCAUUACUCUUGGAUCUCUUAAUGAACAAAAUGGACCUCAUGGCUAGACUGAGGUCUAUCAAGCACUACUUCAUGUUAGACCAAGGAGACUUUGUUGUUCAGUUCAUGGACCUCACAGAACAUGAAUUGAAAAAACCUGCCGAUGAAAUUCUCCUAUCUCGUUUGGAGACCUUAUUGGAGUUGUCACUGAGAACGAGCACUGCCAACGUUGAUCCAUACAAGGACGACCUCAGAGUUGAUUUGCUUCCAUUUGAUCUGGUAUCUCAGCUCUUCAAAAUAUUAUCAAUUGAGACAAAGCAGGAAAAAGAUUAUAAGGAAGUAACAGACAUUCGCCUGUCUGGCUUGGAGUCAUUUUCAUUUGACUACACUGUUCACUGGCCUGUCUCACUUGUCCUCAACCGAAAAGCUCUUACAAGGUAUCAGAUGCUUUCUCGACAUUUUUUCUACGCCAAGCACGUUGAAAGACAAUUGUGCAAUGUCUGGGUGAAGGACAAGUCAUCAAAAAUUCUGCAAUCAACAUCUGCAAGCCUGUGCUCACACGCCUAUGCCCUGCGACAGAGAAUGUUGAAUUUUGUACAGAACUUUGAAUAUUACGUCAUGUUUGAAGUUGUUGAGCCUCAGUGGCAAAUCUUUGAAGCUAACAUGGCGAAGGUAAGUAACAUUGACGAAGUGUUGUUGCAUCACACAGACCUGCUGAGCAAUUGUCUUAAAGAUUGCAUGCUCACUGAUAGCGAUCUCCUAAAAACUCUUCAUAAACUCAUGAUGAUCUGCGUUACCUUUUGCAAUUUCAUGCAGAGACUAAGUGCCAACCUCGACAGUUCCAACAACGUUCAGCCAACGUUAUCCUCAUCAUUGUCUUCAUCGCUGAGUGCGUCAUGGAGAGAUGAAAAGGAGAAAAGGAAAGUGAUCAACAAAGCCCUGUCCGAGCACAUGGAUGAAAUCACGAGCAAUGACAACUAUGAACUGACAGUAGCCAAUUUUGAUACUAAUUUUUCUAAAUAUCUUGUCGAUCUUCUCGACAAAAUUGUUGAUUACAGUGUAUCAAAAUGCGAGCACAAGCUACUGAACAUAAUUCACAGAUUGGAUUACAAUGGCUUCUACAAGAAGCAACUUGACAAGCUGGUCGUUGAGAAACGUUUGUCGUCAUCAAAAAAGAUGGGCGCUGGUGAUUCAAGUAAGAAUUAG